UCUGUUUUUCCCUUUCCUUCUGCAGAGUCCUGCAGUGUGAAUUUGUAAGCUGGGGUGUGGCCUGCUUUCAUGUUAUUUGUAUUCUGUGCCACAGCCAGUUACUUGGCUAAUGAUGUAAUGCAAAGCUAGCCAGCACCUUCCUUUAGUGGCAGAAGAGUUGGAAAGAGGAGGCAGUAGGACCUGAGUGCAGAAUGUAAUCGGAAACCUGUCCCUCUAGCAGCAAGCACGAUCAGCCACUUACCAUCUUCUAUUGCUUCUGGAGCAGAAAAAUAGCAAGACGCAUCUGGUGCAUUUUAGGGAGCACUCCAGACAGGAACUGGCUUCAAUUCAUUAGAAACUGGGAAUAAUUCUGGAAAGUACUGGAUGUGGGAUUGUCUACAAUGAGUCAUCCUGGGAAAUAAAACAUUUGCUCCAGUAAAAUAACAAAACUCUAAACAACUGCUGAAAGCUUUAUUUAUUCCUGUGAAGGUUCUUAAUAAAGUCACACAUCUGAAACCAUGGGCAGUCUUAACAUGCUUCAUAUCAUUGUUGGAUUGCUUAUUUUGUCUGGUCAUGUUCAAGGGUCUUAUCAGCCACUGCCAAGGGUGUACCUCUCAGUAGAUGAGUUACAGGCAACACACACAAUUCAGCAUUACAAUAUCUCAAACAAUCCCCUCGACUACAGAAUUUUAUUUAUGGAUGAAGACCAAGACCGGUUUUAUGUGGGCAGUAAAGACCAUGUUUUCUCUUUGAGUCUAAUUGACAUCACCCAUCAGCCUCUUAAUGUUUUUUGGCCAGCAUCAGUUACUAAAGUUGAAGAGUGCAAAAUGGCUGGCAAGGAUCCUACACAUGGUUGUGGGAAUUUUGUCCGAGUUAUUCAAACGUACAACCGUACUCACCUUUAUGUCUGUGGCAGUGGAGCUUUCAGUCCUGUAUGUACAUACAUCAACAAAGGCCGGAGACCAGAGGAUAAUGUUUUCCUGAUCGAUUCCAAGACGGAAUCUGGAAAGGGACGAUGCUCAUUUAACCCUAAGGUGAACACUGUGUCUGUUAUGAUCAAUGAGGAGUUAUUCUCAGGAAUGUGUAUAGACUUCAUGGGGAAUGAUGCAGCUAUUUUCCGGAGUUUAACAAAAAGAAAUUCAGUGAGAACAGACCAACACAAUUCCAAGUGGUUAAGCGAACCUACCUUUGUGAAAGCACAGCUAAUCUCAGAUGGCUAUGAUCCAAAUGAUGCCAAAGUAUAUUUCUUCUUCAAAGAGAAAGUGUCAGACUACAGUGGAAAUACAAAGCAUAUUCAUUCUAUGAUUGCUCGGAUUUGCCCAAAUGAUAUUGGUGGACAAAGGAGUCUUGUGAACAAAUGGACGACCUUCCUAAAAGCCCGACUAGUGUGCUCAGUGCUGGCUGAUGAUGGCACUGAAACCUACUUUGAUGAGCUAGAAGAUGUGUUUUUCCUGGACAAAGAAAAUCCAAGGACAAUGUUAAUAUAUGGAAUUUUCUCAACAUCAAGCUCCAUCUUUAAAGGCUCUGCAGUAUGUGCAUAUAGGAUGGCUGACAUUCAAACAGUCUUUAAUGGCCCGUUUGCCCAUCAAGAAGGCCCAAAUCACCAGUGGGUGGCAUAUCAAGGCAGAAUCCCUUACCCAAGACCCGGCACUUGUCCAGGUGGAGCUUUUACUCCGCAUAUCACGAGUACUAAGGAAUUUCCUGAUGAUGUUGUCACCUUCAUUCGAAAUCACCCCCUGAUGUAUAAUCCUGUCUAUCCAAUACACAGAAGACCCCUGGUUGUGAGGUCUGGCAGUGACUACAAGUACACAGCUAUAGUGGUGGACCAAGUGAAUGCAGCAGAUGGCAAAUAUAAUGUGCUAUUUCUAGGAACAGAUCAGGGGACAGUACAGAAGGUUAUAGUUCUGCCUAACAACAGUUCCAGAAAUGAACUUAUCCUGGAGGAAUUGGAACUAUUUAAGAAUCAUAUUCCAAUAACUACUAUGGAAAUUUCAUCAAAAAAGCAACAACUCUAUGCAACUUCUGAAGCUGGAAUCGCCCAGGUGUCACUCCAUCGUUGUGAUGUUUAUGGUAAAGCCUGUGCCGAUUGCUGCCUAGCAAGAGAUCCAUAUUGUGCCUGGGAUGGCAAAUCUUGUUCCAGAUUCUACCCAACUGGAAAGAGGAGGAGUCGUCGACAAGAUGUGAGACAUGGAAAUCCUUUGACACAGUGUAGAGGCUUUGAUUUGAAAGGGUACAGAAAUGCAGCUGAAACCAUUCAGUAUGCGGUGAAAAAUAAUACCACUUUUCUGGAAUGCAUAUCAAAGUCUCCACAAGCAUCAGUCAAAUGGUUACUUCAGCGUAAUAAUGACAGACGGAAAGAGGUCAAGCAAAAUGAAAGGAUUAUAGUGACUGAACAUGGACUUCUGAUACGUUCAAUCCAAGAACAAGAUGAGGGUGUUUAUUUUUGUGUGGCUACAGAAAAUAACUUCAAGCAUAUCUUAGCCAGAGUAAAUCUGAGGAUGCUUGGGGCAGAUAUGGUUGCUGCUUUGGCAGAUAAAGCAUCACCAUGGUCUUGGGCUAAUUCUCUCAGUGGAAUACAAUUUAAUCCUAAAGAUCUUAUGGCAGUUUUUAGCCAUGCAGAAAUGCAAGCGAUUAACCAGUACUGUAAAGAAAGCAGGCAGAGGCAUCGGCAAGCUGAAGAUCAGAAACAGGCUAGAGGGGAGCAAAGUAAAUUAAAAGUAAUCAUUGAUGGAAGAAAAAACAGAAACAGGAGAGAGCAACCAUUUACUUCUUAAUGUGUCAUUAUUAUUUCAAGAUGAUGCUGACUCUUCUUAGAGCAUGUUCACAAGAGCUUUAACACUGGAGUGGCCAAUCACCUAAAAUAAAAGCAUGCAAUCUCUUAGACCUUCUCUACCGACUGUGACAUUACAGAUCUAAUCUUCUGUAAAUGAAGCAAAAUUUGCUGUAGCUUGAAAAAAGACCUAUAAUGAGUUACGUAGCCGAUACAUUUGGUAACAGUUUUCUUUAUUAUUGUCCAUGAAAUAUAGCUGAAUAAGUACAUUAAAACAAAUCUGUUUCUGGAUAGGGAGGGGAGAAAUCAAGAUAAAUCAAUUAGCAGAAAUGACUUGUGCAUUUGCUGCACUGUCUUCCCCCUUAUCAUUAGAAUGUAAUUUUUUCAAAUUUAUUUUAGACUGAAAUUGUAUUUAUGAGAUAAAAUGUUUAUUUUUAAAAUGCAAUCACAAAGACAGUGCUUACAGCAUUCUCAGAGGGUGCAAAUGAUACCAGUGUCCAUCAGUCAUAUUUUAUAUUGUUUUAGACGAGAUGAAAUAUGAAUCUACUAUUUCCUCAUUUUUUUCGUUUUAUGUACAUCUAUAGAUAAACUGGUGCACUGUGAUUCAUGUGGUCUGUAGCUUCUGUUUACCUCAGUGAAAUGCAAUCAUGUGCUAAAACACACAAUCUCAAAGAUAAUUAGUAAUUGUAGGCUCAUUACUACACAUACAAAGAUAGCUUACUGUUACUCUAUAUAUGUGGACUAUUCAAUGGACGACACGAUUAAUGUAGAGUUAUUCCACAGAUGACAAAAACAUUCCAAAAUUGUUCUGAAUUAAAACAGGUCCAGAAGAAAGUAUGUUAAUUUAAAUUUCUCCACAUAAUCAUGCAUUCUAAGUAGUUCUCUGAGUAGUAACCAGUUACAUUGAUUUUCAUGCCUUUUAUUUAUUUAUUUUUUUUUGUAAAUGAGGUAUUGUACCUUUUUUUAAGCUUGAGUUUGAGUUUGAUGACGAUAGAGAUGUUGAUGACUGGUUUAUGGCUGCUACUUGGUCAAACUCUUUGCUAGAAUAAUCUGUUCUUUCCAUAUGUGGCAUGUUAGGCACAAAGAAGCAAGUGAAUUAUUUCUGUAUCACCUCUGAUAUCAAAGUUAAAAAUGCUUGGUUUAAUGUUUAAGUUGACCUUUCUAAAAAUGUCUUUCUCUCAAUGUCUAUCAAAAGCACUUUGAGAUGAAGCACUUUACAGUAUAAUUGAUUUAUUAUUAUGAUUAUUAUUAUUAUUAUUAUUAAGAACCAGGCAUGAUUUGUUUUAAAGUUCAGAACAUUCUUUCAGAUCCUUUAAACAGCGAUAUUUAAUAUUUACCAUAUGACUUUCCAUUCGUUUUUAGUUAUAAUUCCUCCAUUAAUUAUCCCAGUUAAUAUGUAUUUAUCAGCUUUCAUUCACUUUACAUUAUUCUGUUCCUGUUUUACUUACGUGACAGACUAACUCACUAAUGAAGGCUAGAAGACUUAAGUGACUUGUUCAAAAACUAUGCAGAUUAUAAAUGCUCAUUCUAUGGCAGGAAACAAUUAACUUUAUUUUAAUAUGUUUUCUGUUACCUGUUUACCGUGAUGCAUUUGUUUUAACAGGAAGUGAUUCAUGGAUAUACUGCAACAUGUAUGCUUUUGAGCAUAUAUGAAGUUGACAUUUUAUUUGCAUUCUGUUCAGAUAUAAGCAAUCAGUACUUAUAGUACCUUGUUGGCGUAAAGUAAAAUGGUACAUAUUGAAAAAGGGCAACAAAUUCAAGUAAAUAUUUCUGAAUGUAGAAUAUAGCUAUCAUUCUAUGUGCCCCAUUAGCUCUCUGCAUAUUAUUCACAGUUGAGAUAAGUCUUUUACGUUUUGAAGGCAAAUAAUUUGCCAUUUGGUCAUUCUUGCAUCUAUGAACGUUUUACUGAUAACUUGCUUACUGGAUAGAAAUGUUAUUCCUUUCUACAAUAGAUGCAUAUCACUGUUUUGCACUGACUAUUCUGAGCUCAAGUACAGUAGUGCAUUCCUGUUAUACAUGACAUUAAAUAAUCAAUACCUCUUUCUG